UGCGCAAGACGCCGUGUGAGGUCACUCUGCAAACCUUUUCCCCCAGCUGGCGCUAUGAUUUGAUCGAAACCCGUGGCCGUCUGCCUGUGGGAUUGUCUCGAUCCUUGUCACGCAUCCGUUUGACAACGCACAAGCUGGAAUCCCACACGUUGAAAAGCAAUCCCGUCGAACCUCAGCCCGACUGCAUCCGCUCGCUGCUCCCCUUCCACCAUCUUUCCGGACGGACAGGCACCGCACAAGGAGCCCAAAACACCACAUGCCGUCUGCUCUGUCCGCUUGCUGACCCGACGCUGACAGCCGUGUCUGCAUCCGGAGCGGGCCAGCACAAGACGCCCAUCGCCAACCCCGGCGUGUGCGGGCCAUCACACUCGUACCGACCAAAUUCUCCUCCGCAGGCGAUUUGCAUGCAUCGUGAGCAACGCUUCCCCGCGGCACAACACACAAACACACCAUGAGCAUUCGGCUAGCACACAGCAGCACGCUUCUUGUCGCCUCGUCUUUUCGGCCAUUGACCGCACCCGCCUGAAACGCGUCCACCCGUCUGUUUACCGUCUCGCUUUGUCCCCCGAGUUACCAGCCCGCGUAGUCCACUCCAUCGCUCCGUGGAAAACACCACCGGCAAUCCCGUCGCAGUCUGCCCGCUACAUGGCGCCUAGCUCAGGUGCCUGACACUGUCCACGCACUUCUCAAACACAGAGCUACUUCGGGGGCCUUUUCAUCCAGCUUGCCCAAUGCCGCAUCUCUUCUUUGCCAACGCUGCACACGUCGACAAGCCCGCGUCCGAGCGCUCGUUGCAGGAGGCAAACUGCCACGACGACAGGUCGUCUGACAAGGAGAACGCUUGGGGUCGCACUUGGAGGCAGAUGGGGAACUGGCUAAAGAAAGAAGACGACAAGGAGGUCCCGGCACAGCCGACGCCAGCACGCGCAGGAGACGAAGGAGAGCUGAACGAGAAGGUGCCCUGCCAGGAUGCUGUGUCGACGGCGCCGACGCAUGCUGUGGUCCCUGGCUUGCCUCGCCCUCUCACAUUCAAAAGACAGGACUCCGAGCGGAGGGACCGUCUGUAUCCCCACGAGCCAGAUCACGAGGAGCGAAGGGCAUCGUCUGCCGACCGACGACUGGGAUCCAGCUAUGAAAGGAAGGCCCCACAGAGCACACUUCCGCAGCUGCAGGCCCCAUGCCCAAAUCUGGACGUGAUAGAAUCGUCAGCGGGCUCGAGCGAUGUCCAGCACGCCCCGCACGAUUUGCUUUCGACGGCGGGGACGCUCGACGACGAGAAUAGCGAUAGGCAUGAUCAGGACCAGGACGCCCGCUCGCAGUACGACUGGGCGCAUCACGACCUGCUUCAUCACUCCGAACAACUUUCGGACGCUCUCGACGAACUUCAGAUCCAGUCUGAACUCGAGGCGAAGUGGAUACUAAACCUUAGCAUGCACUUCAGAGACCGCUCGGACCGCGAAAAAUUCUUCAUCACCUAUGCUGAAGAGCCAAACAAGUGGAGGCGGGUCACUGUGUCGUGCGACUACCGACACGCGCCCGAGGACUCGCUCGAAGCUGACCUCAAAUCCCUGCAUUACCAGCGCGACAAGAGUGCUCGUAUCUACGAAGCCAUCCGCGACUCUCUUCCCCAGAUCCAGUUCUACCCAACCGUCACGAACCUGAAGUUGGAGACGAGCGACGGCAGGCUGCACGUCCAUGUCACAGAGGACGUGAACGAGAUCAUUCAGUACCCUCCUCUCUCUUCCGUCGCUCACCUCGAUCUGCCCACUUUCUCUGAGCGAACCAUUGAGUUUGACUGCCACAUGUCCGGUUUUGUCUACAAAGUCAAGACGUGCGACGGCGCUACUUUCAUCAAGAAGGAGAUACCAGGUCCCGAAGCAGUCGAGGAAUUCCUGUACGAGAUCAACGCCCUGAGCAGCCUGCGUGACUCCCCCUACGUCGUACAUCUCGAAGGCCUCGUUGUAGACGAGCGCAGUAACGUUAAAGGUAUACUUCUGAAUUAUUGUGAGCAAGGGGCCUUAGUCGAUUUGAUCUAUGAUCUACGAUACACUGACCAACUGACUUGGUCGCGGCGUCUACGUUGGGCCCGUCAAAUCGUUCAAGGCCUUGCCGAGAUACACGAGGCUGGUUUUGUGCAGGGUGACUUCACCUUGUCCAACAUUGUCAUAUCUCAGUCCGACAAUGCUCAUAUCAUCGAUAUCAACAGGCGUGGUUGUCCCAUUGGAUGGGAGCCACCGGAGCUGUCUCGCCUCAUUCAGGCUGGUCAAAGGAUCAGCAUGUACAUUGGCGUCAAAUCCGACAUUUUCCAGCUCGGAAUGGUUCUUUGGGGGUUGGCAGAGCAGCAAGACGAACCGGAACGUCAAGAAAGGCCACUUCGCUUCAGAGACCCAGAACUCGUUCCGCAGUGGUAUAGGGAGAUUGUCGAGAUAUGCCUUAGUCCAACGCCCCGGGAGAGACUGUUGGCGAAGGAGCUGCUGGCUAAGUUUCCACCUAUUGAAGAACUGACGCACAGUGACGAUCGUGCGCCAGCGAAUAGUGCACAAGUGCCCAGUGAGCCAACAGAUGUCGACGCGACAAUCGAAGAGAGUGGAGGUGAUCUAGACCGCGAGGACGCAAUUCAUCUCCCUAUACCAGCCCCAGAUUCAACAGUGUCCAGCACCGAUCAACAUGUCGACUACUUGCUAGCCUCACCUGAACCUGAUAAGCGUGCUGACUCAGCUGCUGCAUUAUACAACCACAUCGAGCCGGACGGGCACGUGGACAACAAUACACCGAUGAUAAUCCCAACUGAAGAGGCAAUAUCCUUGAGUUUGCCGAAAGAGAAUGAACGCAGUGCUACCUCUCUGCAUGUGGAUGAACCCUUGAUAGGGAACAGAGAGAGCUCUUCUCCGGCGGUGUCUGCUGCUGAGCAGAUACAGCUCAAAGAAAUGCCAGCGGCUACGAUACUUCGCGACGAGGCUAACUCCACCGAGCAUAUUAUGCCGCUGGAUGCAACUCUAUCGCAUGGCUCUCAGUCCGUCGUGGAUUUGGUCUCCCCGCGCAUCAGCCCCUCUAUACCUGCGGUUGGGCCCCAAUCAUCAACCUUCUGCCCCUAUGUCCCUGAAGAGAGUAAAAUGUUUAGCCCGACUUUGGAAAUAAGUUCGACUGACGCUCGGUCACAUCUCAGCCCGGGGCUAAACUCAGACAAUCCUUUAGCCACAAGCACAACAAUCUCAUCUGCAUCGCCUCUACUUAAACCCGACAAGCAAAACGACCCGCAUUCACCACAUCUCUCUGGACUUACAGCUAAAACCACAACACCUGUUCCGAACGGCAUCCACCAUAAUUGCGGAAACGAGGCUAUUGAUCUUGGCAGCCCAACGCUGGCUACACUUUCUCCUCCGAUUGACAAUAAUUAUGAGCGUAGACCGUCACUCAGCCUUGAAAAUUCGCACUUUUCUAAGACAACUCCUGUAACAAUACCCACGAGCUCUCCACCGCAAUACUCCAGUCCAGUAGAUUCCAGUUCUUCGACCAAUCUUGGAAACCCACCUCUGCCUACCGUGAUGGCCACAAUAUCCUCCGUUAGUCUUGGAGGACCCCCAUUAGCGACUAUCUCACCAUUACGUGAGCUGGAUGCACACCGCACAACUACAAACACACUUGAAACAACGGAUUCCCUUUCUGAAAACAAAUUAGAAAGGAAAUGCCCGAUAAGUUUAGAUGUGCCAGAGCGUCAAGGCUCAGCAAUCUAUGGGCCUUCUCAAUCCAGCAGCGAUAUGUUGACAUUACCUACUAACCAGACUUCUGCAGCUGAGAAACAUGCUGAUGUUGGCUCCAACGUAAAUGAGGGCAAACGCCAUUUGGAGGCAAGUACUUGCACGCCUUCCGCAUAAAAAUUACCAUGCAUGUAUAAUCUGCAUUCACUUUUUUGGGAACAAAGAGACAUUAGUUGGUUUUUUGGGGGCAGUAUCGACUUUUUAUUCAUGCUUGUUUUGGAUACCACAUCGACCCAUACAUGGCGCGGUAUACUAUUUCGAUGGGCGGCUGUAAUCUGCAGCACCUUCAAACUUCAGCGUACAAUGCUGAUUACGUCAAGAAAGAAUAUUAAGGCAUUUUGGUCACUGGCUCCUGGCUUUCUCCCAUCAGUUUCGAAGGAUCUUCGCCACCUUUGCAGUUCAUUAUGAG